GGGGUUGGUAUGACUGCCGACGUGGUGGCCCUGUUCGCAGAUCGCUACCGCGUCGCCCUUGUCUUCGGCGGAGCUGACGAUCGCACUGCCACUGGUUUGGCACAGCGCGCCAUUCAGACGGUCAAGCUCACAGCCCUCGAGGCCAAGAGAGAUGUGCAGAGACAGGGGAUGACAUAUGUAUCAGAUGCUGAGGCUGUUGAGGACUUCCCGAUGGUCGCCAGCCCGUCCAUGAACUACGGAGGUGCGGUUCCAGCUCAGGGCGUGUUCGGUUGCAUGCCAAAUGACGCGUGUUAUCCAGAAGCAGGCGGCCUGACUGCGUGUUCGAGCGCGCUUGAUCAAACGCAGCAGAAGCAGGACCCGGGCUGGAUGGGCACCAUGAAGGGAACUCCGUCGGAUCUAUUCGAGAACGCCCCCAUGAUCUGGAAGCUGGCCACCGAGUUGGGCACCGCAAUAUUCGAGAUGACCAGCGUGCAAGGUAUUGUGUAUGGUAGUGGAGUGCGGAUGGUCAACAAAUUAUCGGGGGUUGCUCAUAGUAUUGUCAUUGCUUGUUUGGACAAUCAUCCAUGCGAGUACUACAGCACGGAGAUCGAGACAUCGCAGACCAUCGGCGUGCAGCAG